AUGGACUCAAUUUUCGGAAUUUGCGGAAAGGACUGGGUUGUAGUAGCUUGCGACACUGCUGUUAACAGAUCAAUCUUUACUCUUAAGCAUGAUGAUGACAAGAUCCUUAGUCUCAAUACUAACAAGGUCCUUGCCUGCUCUGGAGAACAAACUGAUAGAUAUCAAUUUAGCAAUUACAUAUAAAAGAAUCUUGAGUUGUAGGCUUACUUGACUGGGCAUGAACUAUCCAUUGAAGCUUCAGCUUAAUACAUGAGAACUGAACUUGCCAAGGCAUUGAGAAAAGCUCCAUAUCAAGUAAACUGCUUGAUUGGUGGAUUCGACCAUCUUAAUGGAGAAGCUAAACUAUUUUGGAUGGACUACUUCGGAACACUUCAACAAGUUACCAAAGGCGCUCAUGGGUAUGCAGGAUACUUCGUGAACUCAGUGCUUGAUAACAAUUACCAAGUGAAUAUGACAUUAGAAGACGGUAUCAACACCCUGAAGAAGUGUAUCGUUGAGUUGAAGACCAGAUUUAUCAUGAAUCAACCAACUUUCAUAGGCAAAAUUGUGACUAAGGAGGGUAUCAGAGUUAUCAAUCUAACUGAAUGA